AUGAGUGCUAGAAACAAUCCACAGUGUGAAAUGAACGGGCAACCGACAGCGCCGCUGUACGCCCCACACCCGGGUAGCGUCGAUGGUGGUAAUCGCUCCAACGCACCAUUAUCCUGCACGUACUACGUCAUUCAACGCAUGCUCGGCGCUCUGGCUGGAGCAGCCACCAUCAACGCCCAGCAGCCAGCCCAACCCACCACCCCCAGCAGCAGCCCACCAUCACCUCCAGCAGCAGGCCCCACACUACCGCCUAGCAGCAGCACCACCAUCACCCCCAGCAGCAGCACCACCAUCACCCCCAGCUAG